AUGUCGUUGAAACCAUUCACCUAUCCAUUGCCCGAAACAAGAUUUCUUCAUGCUGGCAGGCAUGUGUACAAAUUUAAAAUCCGGUAUGGCAACUUCAACAGCUCUCCCAAUCUCAGUCUCACUGAAAGCGCUGCCAAGGAGUCAGAGGAAGUGAUUCGAGUAAUCCUUGCAAAUCUUGAUGAUUUACAUCCAUUUUCUACAGACCACUUCACCGUCUUUCCAUAUUUGAGUAAAUGGGAGCGAGUAUCAAAAAUGAAAUUCAAACAUGAGAAUGUCUAUCUCAUGCCUUAUCCCUACAUUUGUACGUUGUAUCUAGAAUUGAACUCAUUUCAGCAAAAUAUAUCUUAUGGUAAAGAAGUAAACAAGGAGGGCAGUGAUGAGCUUGUCAGGAAAAGAAAUGAAAUGUCAGAAAGUACUGCAAUGAAAGAAGCAGUGAAGAGGAGAAGAGUGGAAAUCAGAGAUGAUACCUCAUGCCCACAGUCCUGUAUGGACAGAACUGGAGCUGACUGUGUUCACCACAUGAGUAAAGCAGAGCAAGGAUUUGAAAAGAAUUCCUCCAAAGCAAAUGAGCUUGAGUUCAGCACAGCAUCCCUUAAGAAAGACUGUGACCAACUGAGUUUCUGCGGGCCUGUGGAAUUUGCCCUUGAACAAAAAAGAGCAGUCAGUCAGGCUGAGGGUGCAGUGCAGCUGCUGCAGCAAGUGGACCAAACAGGAAAGAAAGGAAACAUGAAGUCAGAAGGAAGAGGUCUCUCACAGUUCUGGAGAAGCAUCAUCUUUUCGCCACUACAACAUCUUUUUGGUGGAAAAAACUGACCUGGAAGUACUAAUUGUUGUGGAAAGGUAGAUUUGUAGUAUGAAUAUUGGGUUGCACUGUUUCUUCUGUAAGUAUUGUAAACCUUUCUCCAAGCAUUGCUUAUCUCAGCUAUUAAAUGUUUUAAAUUAAAUUCUACUUUGCUAAUGUUUUCAAAGUAACAUUCUGAAGAUGUUGGGUUAGAACAACAUGUUGGGUUUUUCUUCACAUC